AUGGAGCGGCGCAGAAAACGUGCGAUAUCGUAAUGUGACCAGAACGCGCAGAGUGUGGCUGACCAGAGCGAAGGCGACCUAAAUGAGCAGAACAUUCGGGCUUGGAAUGGCGAACUAGGGUUUCAAGUUCAAGGCUCACUCGACUCCAACCUCAAGAAGAACACGGCCUUCAUCAAGCGUCUGCGAACAGCCAUCACCGCUGCCAACGUCGGCACCUUCCUCCAGGAGAUCCGCUCCCUGUCUCUGCACAAGUACCUCACAGAAAUCAUCUCUGCAGCAUACGAGGGUCUUACCAAGCUGAAGGUUGCCGGGGAUAUUGCCGCGGGCGUCGAAGUCAUUAGUGCUCUGCAUCAGAGAUUCGGUCCCGAAGAAUUUACGUCUUAUCUGGCUUGGUAUGUCGGACGCGGAUUGGCUACACCAGACAAGGCGCAGCUCAAAGCUCUCGCUGCUGAUGUGCGCGAACGAGAAGAGAAGGAUCGUAUAGCGAGGCAGCGGACAUUACUGAGAGUUGCGACGGAGCUAUGGCUUGUUGGGGUACUCAAGAGCUUGGAGGAUGUCGCAAAGCCUGAAGAAGCUGGCAAAGUCAAGAGCGUAGAGGGUGCUUCCAAAAGCAAAGCAAGUGGAGCUGGAGGAGAUGCCUAUGAUCCGGCGCCUUUCCCGCUGGAGGUGCUAAAGGACAUGUUGGGGCACGACCGAGAGCAUGUCAAUCUGCCACUGGUUGUCCUCUUCGUGAAGACAUUCGCUUGGGAUAUUCUAGGCUCGAGGCCGUCAAAAGCAGAAGGAAGACAAAAGGUGGCAGAGGAUGGAGCAACCACUGCUGGUCACGGUCAGGCCGAAUCGACCACGUCGACCGAGCACGACGAUGGCGCGAGUCCCGACCCUCCAUUGACCCCACCGGCACUCCAGGAGCGAUUCAGGAACAUUCUUACCCGAUACUUUGAAGACGUAAAAGCGCACAUCGUCCGCGAUCAACAGCGCCUGACUCAACAAGGCAAGCGCAAUGCGGAAGCUUAUGUCAAGUCUGGUGAAGUCUUCGAAGACCGUCAGGCCAACCACGAAAAGGCCCUAAAGGCGCAAGAGAAGUUGGUAAGCAGUGCACAGACUCUGGCAGAGGCCCUCGGCGUAGACAUGCCCGAUCUCUCCGAGAAGGAUGCGAACGCCAACGGACUGGAAGGCAGCAUUGGUCUGGUCAAGACCGGCGAGUAUCUCCGUGGGCAGGCUGAGGGCGCUGGCAUCUGGGAAGACGAGGACGAGCGUCGCUUCUACGAAAAUAUCGUCGAUCUCAAGGACCGUGUACCCGGCAUCUUACUUGAGGAUGGCAAGAAGAAGAAGACGGAAAAUGACGAGCAGGUUGGUAAAAAGACCGAGGACUCCAGUGAAGCCAAGGAGAAGCCGGCCGAGAACGAUGAGGGUUCCACUGCGAUUGCCAACAAGACUGUGGGCGCGCAAGUCGACGCGCUCCUAGCUCGCUUGCACGAGCUUACAACCAAGGAUCAGGUGGACCAGUUUGCCAUCGACUUUUGCUUCCUCAACUCCAAGGCGUCGCGCAAUCGUCUUCUGAAGUCCAUUGAAGAAGUACCCAAGGGCAGAACCGAUUUGCUGCCGCUGUACGCCCGCUUGAUUGCUACACUGGGGCGCUAUCUGCAGGACAUCCCCCAGGGCUUGAUUUCUUACCUCGACGAAGAAUUCCGUAGCCUCCAGCGUCGCAAGUCCAAGGACUUUCUCGGACAAGUACGCAUGGUCAACAUCCGGUACCUCGCCGAGCUCACCAAGUUUGGCGUCGUCCCAGAGCACGUCAUUUUCCAUUGUCUAAAGGUCAGCUCGGACGACUUUUCGCGGGUCAACAUUGAGAUCAUUGCCAACCUUUUGGAGAACUGUGGAAGGUACCUGCUGCGCAACCCGGAGACAUCGCCCCGCAUGAGCUCUUUCCUGGAGACGCUGCAGCGCAAGAAAGCAGCGCAACACCUGGGCCAACAGGAGCGCAUGCUCAUCGAGAAUGCCGUGUACUAUGUCAAUCCUCCUGAGCGCGCCGCCAUUCAGCAAAAGGAGCGCACGGCUUUGGAUCUCUACGUCCGGAAGCUCAUCUACGUCGAUCUGAGUAAGAAGACGCUGGAUAAAGUCAUCAAGCAAGUCCGGAAGCUGCACUGGGAAGAGCCCGAGGUUGUCGAGAUCUUGCGCAAGAUCUUUGUGAAGCCUGGAAAGAUCAAGUUUGGCAACAUUUACUUGCUGGCAAUGAUGCUGGCAGCGUUGUACAGAUUCCACACUGGCUUUGCAGUUACCGUUCUUGACGAGCUUCUUGACCGAAUUGUCACUGGAUUGGAAAUCAACGACUUCAAAUUCAACCAGCGACGUAUUGCCGAAGUGAAGUAUCUUGGCGAGCUCUACAUGUACCGCGUUGUCGACUCUCAGCUCAUCUUCGACACGCUGUACAAGAUCUGCAACUACGGCCACGAAGGCGGAUACGUUCAGCCUGGUCGUCUGAGUCCCAUCGACCUGCCUGACGACUACUUCCGGAUCCGACUGGUGUGCUCGCUGCUUGAGACUUGCGGGCAUUGCUUCGAGAAAGGAGCAGCGAAGAAGAAACUGGAUUUCUUCCUGACCUUCUUCCAGUUCUACAUCAACACGAAGGACCCCCUACCGAUGGAUAUUGAGUUCGUUGUCCAGGACACGUACAACAUGCUGCGUCCGCAGUGGAAGCUGGUCUUGAGCAACCUGCAGGAAGCGGCCGGACUAUUUUCCGAGGCCUGCAAGCAGAACUACCAGGACGUUGCUGCUGGUAAGACAGCGGAGCCGGAGGAACCAGAGGAGCCAGAUGCCGGAAACAUCUCGGACGACGGACGCAUCGACGGCGAAGAAGAAGCGACUGUUGAUGGAGAAGGCACUAAUGUCAAGUCCGACAGCGAUGAUGCUGCGGCUCAAGGUGAUGACGAAGUCGCCGCCCAAGAGUCGGACGAGGAGGAGCACAUUGUCGUGACUCGACCCGAGGAUCAGAGAGAUCCAGAAGCUGACGCAGAGUUCGACCGUGAACUCGCCAAGUUGAUGGCAGACAGCGUAGAAUCACGCAAGUUCGAUCGAAAGACGAUGUUCGACGUACCGCUGCCGAUGCGACGAACGGUGCGCGAUGCAACGACUACUGCAGAGGACAGUGGUGAAGCGGAGUCGCCUGCGCCGGGCGCAGCCCACGGUGGUACGAUGAAGUUUGCCCUCUUGAGUAAGAAGGGCAAUCGGCAACAGGUAUGACUCGACCGAGACUAUGCUUGUGUGAUGAUGACGUUAACUUGUUAGACGCGCUCCAUCGAUCUGCCUUCGGAUUCGAGUUUUGCGGUCGCGAUGCGGUCUCAGCAGCAAGCCGAGAAGGCGGAGCAGCAACGCAUCAAGAACCUCGUCCUCAACUACGACUUGACGGAUGACCAGCCAGAUGGUGGGCGCCCCGCCUUUCAUUAUGUCAACUCUUCUUCGGGUGGCACUCGGCUCGUGGGCGCAGGCCAACUCAACAAGAGCCUGCAAAUGCCUCGUGGUGCUUCUCAACGAUCGAGCACCACCAGCGCGGACGAGAAUGUCACCCUCGUCCCCCCUGUUGAAGAUCCGAGCAAGCGUCGCGACUCUCUUACUGACGAGACAGGUCAAUUCGAAACCCUGCACGGCGGACCGCGAUACGACAAGGCGGGGAAUACGCGCAGCAAGCAGCGGGCGAGGAAGCUGCAAUUGGGAGACAUUGAUUGGUACGGCAAGCACCCACCCAGUAGUACACCCACCGCGCGUCGCGAGGGCGAGUCCCGCUCCAGCCUCGACCAGUACGUCGUCGACAAGGGCUCGGUGAACUCUCGACGGGGACGCAGCAAGAAUCACAAUGGCUGA